AGAAAGCAAGGACUUCCUUUUUAUAUUGAAAAUGAGACCAGCUCUUGCUUUGCUUCCUCUUUUCUUUGUUUUCUUGUUUGCUGCUACUGUGGAAUCAAGAAAAGAUGCAGGGGAAUAUUGGAAAAUGGUAAUGAAAGAUCAGGAACUGCCAGAAGGAAUUCAAGGUCUUCUUCAGUUGACAUCUGAGAUCCAAACUGAAAACAACCCCAAGACUCAAGAGCAACUCAAGCACAAAUGUGAAGAGCCUCUUGUCACAAAUACACAAGUUACCAUAGAAAAAAAGGUCUUCAAGGAAGAUUUUGAACCAAGACCCAGUGUCACUAAAUAUAAUGGUGAUGAGCCAUUAGUGAAAGUGAAUAAUGAAUUUGAACUCAGGCCAAGCCUCACUAAAUAUGAUACUAAGGAGCCACUAGUGAACAUUGAAUUUGAACCCAGGCCAAGCUUAACUAAGUAUGACGGUGAAGAGUCACUAGCGAAUAGUGAAUUUGAACCCAGACCAAAUCUCAGUAAGUAUAAUGAUUAAAUGAAGAAAAAGAAUGCAGUUGUAACAAUGCAAAGUGUGUAUGUGAUUAAU